AUGCAGCGACCAUAUGAAAACAGCAAGGGUGGUGCUGUACAAGAGAACGGUGUAGCAAAUGGAGGUGUUUACAAAAGACCAUUUAAUGAAUCAUUUGAACAAGCACCUAUAUAUGUUGCUGUCCUUACAUUUGUCGGUUUUGGAGUAGGAACAUUAUUUGGCUACCUAAGAGACUUCUUGAGAGCCUGUGGACUACAAAAAUGUGUUGGUGCUACAGAACGGGAAGAACAAAAGGAUUUUGUACCACUGUACCAAGAUUUCGAAAACUUUUACACAAGAAACCUGUAUAUGAGAAUAAGAGACAACUGGAACCGGCCUAUCUGCAGUGUUCCUGGCCCAAAAUUUGAUCUGAUGGAACGUGUUUCAGAUGACUACAACUGGACAUUUAGGUUCACUGGAAGGACAAUCAAGGACAUAAUCAACAUGGGUUCAUAUAACUACCUCGGCUUUGCAGAAACUGAUCCUAACGCUUUAAAAACUGUGAACACUGGGUUAUGUAAAUAUGGCACAGGAACUUGUAGCACAAGACAGGAAAUGGGCAAUCUUGAUAAACAUGUGGAGUUAGAAACAAUGGUGGCACGGUUUCUGGGUGUUGAAGCAUCUCUGACAUUUGGCAUGGGAUUUGCUACAAAUUCUAUGAAUAUUCCAGCAUUAGUUGGAAAGGGAUGUCUUAUUUUAAGUGAUGAACUCAACCAUUCUUCACUUAUUCUUGGUGCAAGGCUCUCAGGUGCUACAAUCAGAGUUUUUAAACACAACAAUAUUCAAAGCUUAGAAAAGCUGUUGAAGGAUGCAGUGAUACAUGGGCAGCCUCGAAACCGGAGAGCAUGGAAAAAGAUUCUCAUUCUUGUAGAAGGUAUUUACAGCAUGGAAGGAUCCAUUGUUCGUUUGCCAGAAAUAGUUGCCCUGAAGAGAAAAUACAAAGCCUACCUCUACUUGGAUGAAGCCCAUAGCAUAGGUGCUGUUGGCCCAACUGGCAGGGGAGUUGUCGAGUACUUUGGAAUGGACCCCAGCGAUGUUGAUGUAUUAAUGGGAACAUUCACCAAAAGCUUUGGCGCAGUUGGAGGAUACAUAGCUGGCAGAAAGGACCUAGUGGACUACUUACGGGUUCACUCACAUAGUGCUGUGUAUGCUACAUCUAUGAGUCCACCUGUAGCAGAACAAAUAAUAAGAGUAAUGAAGAGCCUCAUGGGCGUAGAUGGAACCACACAAGGACUUCAGAGAGUCCGCCAGCUAUCAGAAAAUACGAGGUACUUCAGACGAAGAUUGCAUGAACUAGGUUUCAUUAUUUAUGGCAACGAGGAUUCCCCUGUUGUGCCUUUGCUACUUUACAUACCUGGUAAAAUUGGGGCUUUUGCAAGACGUAUGUUAGCCAAAAAUAUUGGGGUGGUAGUAGUUGGCUUUCCAGCUACCCCAAUCACAGAAUCCAGGGCUCGGUUUUGUGUAUCGGCUGCUCAUACACGAGAGAUGUUAGACACGGUCCUGAAUGCUCUAGAUGAACUGGGAGAUUUUUUGCAGCUGAAAUAUUCCCGGCACUCCAGGUCAUCUCGUCCUGAACUAUAUGAUGAAACGAGCUUUGAACUUGAAGAUUAAGUAUCCCUCCCAUGGAGAAACCGUUGUGAUGUUAUGAGGGAGAGGGGAACCUAAACAAUAGGAAUGCAUUUCUUCUUUUCUAAGGACAGUUUUUGCUUCACAGUUAAUUGAACCAAGAGAAGUACUGUGUGCGUUUUACCGGAUCGGAUUCUGUGUGCAAGAGACUGGAAUAUUGCUGCAGAUCCCCCUGCAACAGAAAUACAAGUUUUAGUAUUAUUAUUUGAUGCAAAAGACUUUAUUCCAUUAAGUUAAUUGCUACUGUGCAGACUUUGUUAUGGGCCUUUUUAUGAACAGGCUUUGGAUAGUUCUGAAUUAUGAUUACAAUAAACAUUUUAAAAGACUGGUUUGAAAUGUAGUAUGUUGGGUGAAGGAAAAGAAUUCUUGUUAAACUGGCUUUCACUUCUGGAAUAGCAUAUCUCCAUUGGAGUUUAUAUUAGAUUUUUGGCAAUAAAACUGGGAAAUAGACAUCUAUUGGCCAGCUAUAGUUUAACAGAAGUCUGAAUGGGGAAGACUGACCAUUCAGGAUCCUACAGUUACUGGCAAAAAGAUGGAGAAAGGUUCAAAUCCUUUUGGCCAGGUAGUGCUUUUUUUAAAAAAAAGAAUUGUUUACAAAGGUUUUUUAAAUUAAAUUUGGCAAAAAAGUUUAUACCAAGAAAAUAUCAGUUUCAAUUCUUACCCGGUUGAUACAUUGAAUUCUUUUAUCAUUGAAGGUAGAGGUUUGCUUGUAAGUGUUUUUUUUCCUCAAUUUGUUUGAUCUUAAAACAAUGGCACAGGCUUUUCAUGCACAUUUUAAUUAAAUGUUUCAGUUUCCUGUUUGCAACAUUCACAGCCUUACGGUAUACAAAAUACAGCUGAUAUUUACAAGCCCAUUUGUUAUUCUUAGACUAUUUUACAGGCUUGGCAAAGUAUCUUUGUGAGUAAAGGACACUUUGGCUGUUAGAUACACGGAAUGUGAUACUCAAAGAAUUUGCCGUUUAUAGUUUUUGCUGCCUUUUAAAUUGAAGGAUCUCUGGUUAUCGAUGUUUCUGUCAUUUAAUUAACAGAUUUGGAGAUACUUGGUCUGUGUUCCAAUAUGAAAUUUCUAUAUCUGUGUUUCCUAAAUGUUUAAAAUGCUCACUGUUUUGAGACCAAAGAUCUAGAAAGCAAAGGAGUGGUGAAAGGAACAGGUAAGCAUAUUACCACUUCCCUAGCACUAUGAAUAAGACUGGGACUAAUAUGGUCUUCCGACUGGGUUGGAUUUGAAAUGGUUCCCAAGUGUUAACAACUAAGACCUUUUUACUCUGUGUAGAUUUUAUUUAAAAAGUAACUGGUUGAAAGUCACUUUGGUAACUUUUGAGGGAGCUGCAAGCUAUUCUGGAAAUCUGAUGGCACUGUAAACACAUCCGAUGGUUAGCUUUCUGUCGCACAGAUGUACUUUGCUUUCAUGUUCUUAAAAGCUGUGGUAUCCAUUUAACCACAGCUGCAAAAUUAGAUUUAAGAACAGAACAAUUAAAUUGUGGAAUAGCAAUUACAGUAUAUGACUCCCCUGCUUGUUAAAGAGCUUUGAGGAUAAAGCAAGGCUGAUUAGUUAUGAGGUCCCUUUUUGUUGUUCAAGUUAAUAAAAUUCAAUGCUGCUAUAAUGUUAAGAAUGGACCGCAACACAUUCCAGAAUAUCAAAUGUCUGUUUCAGAAGUGAAUUUUGUGGGGUGGAGAGUGAACUAUACAGUGUUGUUAUGAUUGUUCACUUUGGCAGAUGAACUUGAGAAACACUAAUGGAGCCCAUGUUUGUGCAUUAUGCAAAAACGACUGUAUAAAGAUUAAAGAAUAUUUUUGUGUUUUUUA